UUCGUUCUCUAUUUGUUUAUUUAAAAAAAUCUACUUUAUUCCCCAGGCAGAAGAUCGAACAAAGAUUUUGUUUUUGUGUGUCAUCGGAAGUCGACUUUCUUAUCCCUACUUUAGUGCAAUGAAAGGAAAAUUGGCGCGGAAUCUUCGAAAGAUACAAGGACUUACCAUCGAAUUUGUUCGAAUUUGGAACAGACCAUAACUUGAACAGGACAUAUUAGUUGAACAAGAAUUUUAAAUCGACUAUGGAGUACUCGGUUUUCACCCAAGUCCAUAGUCGAGUUCGGCAAACGAUAGUAGCAACUAGUUCCGCGCUCUUUAGUGAAGAUGUUCAAUUUUCUCACGUCUCAUUCGUAAACAACAGAGUACCCCGAGUCUUUGCUUUCUGUUUAUUUUUUAUCGGGUAUUCCUUUGUGGCCUUCAUAUUCGUUUGGUUGGGACUUUUCAUUUUUUUCCAACGCUCGCAACGAACAACCAACCAAACGAAAGCGCACAGCUUUAAUAACAAAUUAAACAAAUUAAAAAUAAAAAUACACUAGAAAAAUAAUAAAUUAUGGCUGCAGCACGCUCACGGAGAUCAAAUGCUGGUAAUAGAAUAGCAAAACUUUUAAAUGAAGAAGAAGAGGAUGAGUUCUACAAAACAUCGUAUGGUGGUUUCCAAGAGGAGGAAGAGGAUAAGGAAUAUGUGCAAAAGGACGAAGAGGAAGAUGUCGUAGAUUCCGAUUUCAGUAUUGAUGAAAACGAUGAACCCGUGUCGGAUCAUGAUGAGGAGGAGGGAAAGAAAAGGAAACGUGCCGGUAUUAAUACAAAGGCUUAUAAGGAACCUGCCAAACCCAACAAAAAAGAUGAGAAAUCUGCAGCCAUAAAGAAAAAGGUUACAAAAGUUGUUAAACGCAAAACUCGCGCCAAGUUCACAGUUCUUGACUCGGGCAGAAAAUCAAUUCGUAUGUCUACGGCCAUAAAAACACAGGCUACCAAAAUCCGUCUCAAAGAAAUGGACGAUGCUCGUAAGAAAAAGAAAAAGGUUGUACGAGUAGAAGAAUACAUGCCGACACAGGAAGAGUUGUUGGAGGAGGCCAAAAUUACGGAAGAAGAAAAUCUCAAAUCACUGGAAAAAUUCCACAAAAUGGAACUGGAAAAGAAGAAAACACGUCCCACCAAACGUGUAUUUACAGGUCCAAUGAUACGUUAUCAGUCAGUAACAAUGCCAGUUGUACGCAAACAAACUCGUGGUUCUGUUGCCCCACAUGAUCCUAACGAUCCAAAAAGCAAAUGUGAACGGACAUUUAUAUCAUUAGAAAAUGAUUUUGAUGAAAAAGUUUUUCACGGUAUAUUUAAGAGUAAAAAAUUACAGAGAAAUACACCAUAUCUGUGUCCAAUUACAAAAUUACCUGCCCGAUAUUUUGAUCCAGUUACCCAACAACCUUACUACAGCAUACAAGCAUUUAAGAUUCUAAGGGAAGCCUACUACAUGCAACUCGAAGAAAGAGGCAAUACUGACAAUCCAGAAAUGCAAAAAUGGCUGGAAUGGCGUAAAAUGGUCAAGGAAAAUCGCCUAAAAGCCCUUGCCAGCAAAAUAAACUCGUAGUCAUAACCUCCUUCACCCUUGUUUUACCAAUUAAUUAGAACAGAUUAAGAUAGUUUUUAUAUUUUACUUGGAAUGAUUUUAUUAUAGACAUGUUUCUAUAUCACUGAUUUCCUAGUAUUGGAAUAAUAUAACAUUUAACAUUGAUUUUUAUAAACUAUAAAAAUAUUUCUAAAAAAAUAGUAAAAUUAAAUGAUCAUCAUAUUAAUUUGA